GGAAGCGAGUGGCAUCACUGCCGCUGCGUUUCCUGUUGGCAGCAGAGAGCAGUUAAAAAAAAAAAAACAAAAGCUUUAGUAGGCAGCCGCCAGGGCAGAAAGAACUCCCAGGCGGUUCACGCGCCUUCCCUAGGCCGGUGUCCUGAGCCCCGGAGCCUCUGGAACGGAAAAACGGGAGAGACCAGCUCUCCUGAGCCGCGGCCCGGAGCACACCAUCCGCCAGCGCGGAGAGAAGGCUCCGCGCGCCCACGCGGGGCCCCAGCUCCCUCCUGGGCUCGGCUGACCCGGGGGCGGCGGUCACCAUGACCGCGCCCGCUCCCCGCCGCCUGGUCGGGGGACCACAAGGCACCUGGCUGCUGUGCGGCCUCUUGCUGUGCGGCCUGUGCGGCCUGGGGAUGGCGGGCUCCGCGGGGACCCCGCAGCCCUGCCAGGCGCCCCAGCAGUGGGAGGGACGCCAGGUGCUGUACCAGCAGAGCAGCGGGCACAACAGCCGCGCCCUGCUGUCCUACGACGGGCUCAACAAGCGCGUGCGGGUGCUGGACGAGAGGAAGGCGCUGAUCCCCUGUAAGAGAUUAUUUGAAUACAUUUUGCUCUAUAAGGAUGGAGUGAUGUUUCAGAUUGAACAAGCCACCAAACAGUGUGCAAAGAUCCCCCUGAUGGAACCUUGGGAUCCUCUCGACAUUCCCCAGAAUUCUACCUUUGAAGAUCAGUAUUCCAUCGGGGGCCCUCAGGAGCAAAUCACAGUCCAGGAGUGGUCCGACAGAAAGACAGCCCGAUCCUAUGAAACCUGGAUCGGCGUUUAUACGGCCAAGGAUUGUUAUCCAGUCCAGGAGACCUUCAUCAGAAAUUACACUGUGGUCCUGUCCACACGGUUUUUUGAUGUGCAGCUAGGUAUUAAGGACCCCUCUGUGUUCACCCCACCAAGCACGUGCCAGAGAGCGCAGCCAGAGAAGAUGAGUGAGGACUGCUCCUUGUGAACUUGCAGGGGCAGAAGCGACAACCUCAGCUCUUGGAAAUGGAUUAGAGAUGGUUUGGAUGCAAUUCUUCACUGGAAAUAAAAAUAAUUUUAAGAAAAUUAACCCUGAUGUGGACUUCCCUGUACAUCUGACCUUGGCCGCUCACUCUAUUUUCAGAUGGAACUUGAGUGGAGAAAUUGUGGCGGUCUCCACUGUAGCAGGGACACUUUGCACACAGCUAAUGCCCGUUUGAGGCUGUCCUUUCUGUGUGCAGAUGUGUUGUCAGUGUAGCAGGGUAGGAAGGGGUGGGGUGGGGCCAGCAUAAAGAGUUUGCCUCUGCAGGGAUUAAUACUUUAUUAUUGUGAAUCGAAGGAGAAAAUAAAAUGUAGGAUGACUUUGUUCAGUUCUCUCCUUUCAGAGAAAGUCCCUUGUUUGUCUACACCAGAGUAGCUACAGUUCCCACUGAUCCCAUCCUUGUCUUUGGCUGCUAUGAAAUGACCCUUUAAGAUUCCUUCUAGGCUUGAAUUUUGUGGCAUUGCCCUAUGGAUGUAGCUAUUCUGUAACGAAGCAGAAGUUUAUAAUACAAAGUAAUGAUUUCUCUGAAAGGAAAGGCAAGUUUUGAAUGGGAGGCUUGGACAGUCUUAGUAUUUACAUGAGAAAGAUGGAAUGAGAGCCGUGUGUGUGCUGCUUUCUGUGUAAGAGUGCUGAUUGCUGUGAUGAGCCUUCAUGGAUUUCCUAGCAGGCGGCCAGGCUUCUAAAACAGCACUGAACUGGGAGGCCCUCAAGUCAGGGUCAAGACUGCUCUUCUACCUUAACUCCUUUAAGUAUUAAAUGCACUAGGCUAAUAGCCCUUGCCUUGUCUUGCCUGGAACUCUAUUGCACUACAACUGUGUCUAUGUAACUUCUGCUCAUGCUUCCAAGGUGAGCUCACAUGUGAGCUGCUCCCAAGCCUAAAUUCAUUGCACCUUGCAGCUUGGCAUGCCUUGCUCACAAUACUCAUUACGCUCUGUGAGAAUUCCCUGGAAACUGCCCUUCGCUAUCCUGACUAAGAGCCCCUUGAGUACGGGUACCGUGUUCUGUUUACCUUAAUAUCUCCAGCACCAAGCAAGUGCCCGGCACGUAGUCAGUGCCUUAACCUUGGUAGAGAGGAGCUCAUCAGCUCUGCUAGUGUUUGAUUUCUUCAUCUUUUAAACAGGGUUGGUUUUGGGGUUGCUAAGGAGACUUCCAGUAAUACAACCUACUAUUCUAGAUUCUUUUAUCUCUGUGUUUCAUUUAGCCAUGUAUCAUCUUUUGUUAUCAAGAGAAAUGUGUGAUGCUUGCUGUAUGCUAAAAAAAAAUUCUAUAUUGUCAUUUAUCUAUACAAUUAAAUAGUUUCAAUGACAGCUCACAAA